AUGACUCCUCAGGUUCACCUAAGACCCCCGUUCCGUGCGGAGCAUCUAGGAUCGCUUCUUCGUCCCGAGAAACUCCUGGCAACCAAAACAGCCUUUGAGAAUGGAGAGAUACCUGAGUCACAGCUGACAACGGAGGAGGACAAAGAGAUCCAGGCUAUUGCUGAAACCCAGCUGAAGCUGGGUUACCCUGCCAUCUCAGACGGCGAGUACCGCCGGCACAUGUUUUGGGGCAACUUCUUCCCCGGCCUGGAUGGCUUCGAGGAGAUUCGAGAUGUCGACGCAGGAGCCUUUCGUUCUUACGCCCCGGACGUGGCUGCAUUCCUGGAAGCAGGCCACAAACCUGGUGCAAGUGUGUUUUGCAUAGGGAAGAUCAAGCAUGUCGGCAGCACAUAUGUCGACCAACUCACGUAUCUUGCCAGCCUGGUACCAGCAGACGAUGUCAAAAACCUGAAGAUCACUCUGACUGCGCCUAAUUGGUACCACCUACGCUACCGCGAGGGAGCGGCAUACCCAGCCGAUGUGUACAGCUCCGACGAGGAGUACUUCGGAGACAUCGCCAAGGCCUACCAGGCCGAGCUACAGAUUCUGUAUGAAGCUGGCUGCCGUAAUGUCCAAUACGACGACCCCAACCUAGCCUGUAUAGCACUUUUCCUUGCCUUGUACUUUUGCUCCGAAAAGUUUUUAACGGGAUUCAAGGACGACCCGCUGAACAAGUACUCAGCAGACGUGCUGUUUGCGAAGUAUAUCAAGCUGUACAACGACUGCCUUGCCCAGGUACCAGCCGACAUGCACGUCGGUGUGCACCUGUGCCGCGGCAACUUUGUCGGCAGUCGCCAUUUCUCUGAGGGCGGCUACGACCGCAUCGCCACGAAACUGUUCCAGGAACUCAACGUCCAUACGUAUUAUCUGGAAUAUGAUACCCCACGCGCGGGCGGCUUCGAGCCGCUCAAGCACCUGCCCCCGCACAAGAACGUCAUACUCGGCGUUGUCACAAGCAAGUUCGCUCAGCUGGAGGAUAAAGAGGAGAUGAAGAAGCGUGUUGUCGAUGCGGCUGAGUUCAUUGCUGAGGGCAACGGUAUCUCCAUCGAGGCUGCUCUCAACCAGGUCGGCGUCAGCCCGCAGUGUGGGUUUGCUUCGCAUCGCGAGGGUAAUGCCAUCGAUUGGGAUGGCAUGAUCAACAAGCUGAAGCUGGUCCGGGAUAUCGCUAAUGAGCUGUGGCCUAACCAGCCUUGA